GUUGUUUUAGUUGUCGAAAAAGACUAUAUUUGACGGAAUGGCGACCGACAAGUAUCUGACAGCGAGCCAGAAAGCCGUGGACUGUCUCCUGAAGACAAUUUGCCAGCCAGACUUCAGGAAAGAACACAAGGACGUGGCCUUCUAUUUCAAGUCAGUGACCUCCCUGUUGCUUGCUGGGAAGCACAAAGAGGCAAACUUUAUUCUGGAUCACAUCAGAGCCACCUGCAGGAAAGGCGGCGACUUUGUCUCACCUGGAGCAGAGGAGGGACAGAAGAGUGCGAAUGGAGCUUACAACGAGUUUUGGUCGUACGCUAACGGCUGGAUCGCCAUGGGCGCAGUGCGGCUGCAAAGGUUCGACGUUGCAUAUCCGGCGUACAGGUACUUGGAGGAGAAGUUCUUCCACCGAGAGCUAGGUGGCGGUACCGUAAAACCGCUCUCUAAGACAGAGCCCAACAUUGUGGAGGUCAUUUCGACCUCACACCUGGGCAUGGUGUUCAUGUCCUUCGGCGACCUGGACAAGGCCUGGAGAUGUGGAGAAAACCUGACACUGUUCACCAAGAAAAACCUCCAUCAUGAUGACGAUCCCAACACCUUCUAUCUACGCAUGGAUGACAAGGAGAAACUGAUAAAAGACUUCCCAGCAGAGGCGGCAGCCAUUUGUGCCGUGAAGGCGACUGAGCCGAACCAGCUGUACUUCUUCAUCGGAUAUCCCAUCGCUUUCCUGGCAAAACUGUUCGUGGCCACCGGUGAAGACAAAUUCAGAGACUGUGCUGAAGAGCUUCUUGAGUUCUGCAUGAGGUGUGAUGAGUCCAUCUACAGCUCUAACUUCAGCCACAAGGUGGGGUGGGGGGCGGCCUGCCUCGCCGCUGUCUAUCGCAACAGGAACAGCAAAAAAGAAAAGUACAUCCAGGUGGCUACAAAGAUCGCGGACCACCUGGUGUCUCUGCAGAGUGACCGCGGCUCCUUCCUGGACUCGGGCCCUGAGAUGGACAACCUGGACCAGACCGCGGAAAUCUCCGUUUGGCUGCGCGAGAUCGCCACAGAGCUAGACAGGGUGGCAGAGUUGGACAGGGCUAAAAGCCUCAAAUUUGGCAAUUAGCCCU